UUGACAGUUGAAGGCGUGAGAACAAGAGACAGAGAAAGAGAGGCACGAUGGUUGAAAUCAGAUGGAUUAAAAUGACUUUAUUUGUGAUACUGCUGCUGCUUCAGUUCACAGCAGCAAGUGGACAAACCCUCUCCUCUGUCACCACAAGAGCUGGAGAUAAUGUCACUUUGUCUUGUAACAAUGUGAUAAAAAAUCAGGACAAAUGUAAAAGUACUACUUGGCUUUACAGUCGUUAUCCUGGUGAAACAGCAAAGGAGCUGGUUAAUCUUGGGAAGGUUAAAGACAAUGUGAUUUCCAAAGCUAAAUCUAGUAGACUGAGUUUGACGUCAAACUGUUCUCUGGUUAUAAGAAAUGUCACAACUGACGAUGUUGGUGUUUACACCUGCAGACAGUUUAUAUCAGGACAAAAACAAGGUCCAGAUGCUCAGGUGGUUCUCUCUGUGAUUAACAUGGAGGGAACAAAUACCACUGAUACAGUCUCCUUGUUCUGCUCUGUGUUGAUAUACGAUCAGUGUGAACACACAGUAGAGUGGCUGUAUGAGGGUGAUAAGAGUGAUGUGGAGACAUCACAGCAUGCCUGUUCAGCCACUGUGACACUUUUGGCUCCUCAUCAUUAUCAGAAAUCAAAGAAUUAUGAGUUUCUGAAGUGUAACGUGACAGAUAAAAAGAGUGGAGAAACCCUGCUGAGUAAUGUCGGUCCCCAGUCCUCAUGUGAGAAAACAGGUACGAAUGUUUUUAUUUAA